UCUUUAUAUAAAAUAUACUAUUAUAAUCUUUACUAGCAUAAAGAUUAUAGUAGACUCCGGAGAUUGUUCGUGUGUCAAAGUUGGAGGCCGGACGCUUGAACGGCUACGUUUGCUCCUUCAACAUCUUUUGCUCGACUUCUCGUUCAUACCGCUUUACCAGAGAAGCAAGGAUGAAGAAGUCAGUGAAGGAGAUAGAAUGAAGCCUACGAAGUUCAUUCCAUUGAGAAGUCUACCUCUGAAGACUACACAGAGAAAUCCGGAUUCAUAUAGUGCGGAGCCUACCGGAAAUCAUGGCCAGCCUUCCAAUAUUCGGAUUCAGUGUAUCAUGAAAAAGAGGGAAGAGUCCCACGGGAUUGUUAAGAAGUGGUGGAGUUCCUUGAUCAUGGCCAGUGGCUUGUUGGAGACCUCGCAUAUGGAAGAAAUCAUGAUCUACUUCAUUAAAAUGUAUAACAAGAAAGAUAGCACAUAUGCCGUCCUCCUAGAGAGCUUUCAAAUGUUAAGUGUGGUCAAUGCCAGUACUGAACAAUUUCCAAUCCUGGACACCGGCAUCACGAUGUACUGUCAAACAUGCUCUGCGUCUUCCUCCAAGAAUGGAAACAAUGAGUAUCAUGCGGAAGAGACGAUGACAGAGCACAGCGGUAGCCCAAAGCCCACACAAGGAACAUUCGAGGUUCCGGCGAUAAAGACGAAGGUAAAUCCAAAGGACUUUACACAUAUGAAGCUGUUUGUGAAGUCUUCACUGCAAUACUUCCAAAAAUUGAUGAAAGAAAAGUUGUGCGAUCAUAUGAAAAUCCUAGAAGUGUUUAGGAGAGAUUCUCCUUUUGGUGCUUUCCUUGAUGUCCAACUUGUUCCCCCUCCAGCCAUGUUAUGGCAGUUGAUGGUUAGGGAGGCUAAUGUGGAAGGAGCAAAAGAGAAGUAUGAUAAGGAUUCACUGCCUGUUUUUGUUAAAGAAAACUGGUCAAAGAGUGUGGUAUGUUACACUUCUGUUGUCGAAAGGUUCUCAAAAUUGUGCCGGCUACUUGACGAUGAAGGGAAGAAAGAGUAUGCACUCCAGUGGAUAGUGAAGGUGGUGACAUUGAUGUUUGUUGUCCUCGUUUUAAUUGGUCAAGUAACACCCGCCUUCCGUCGACCUGGUUCACCUGCGACCCAACGGAUCGGUAGGGUUAUAUGGGCGGUCUGAGAACCGUCCGUGGAGAAAAACGCAUUAAUGUCUAUUUAUUAUGAAACGGUUGGGUUUAAUUGAUGGGUUAAUAAUGACUAUUUAUUAGG